AUGAGUGAUGCCAAGAAUCGUCUUCAGGUGCUACCUAGCCGUAUGACCCUGCAAAAUAUGAAAAUUCGUCUUCAGGGUGCCAAGAAGGGACACUCGCUAUUGAAGAAAAAAUCUGAUGCUUUGAAUAUUAAAUUCCGUUCUAUCCUGAAAGACAUCAAAGAACAGAAGGAAGGAAUGUCGGAUAUGUUCCGUAAAGCCUAUUUUUCACUUGCCGAGGCUAGAUACAACGCCGGUGAUAUUUCAUAUGCUGUGAUUGAAAGUGUCAAGAGUGCUGCAACAAAAGUCAAGAUGAGAGCUGAGAAUAUUGCGGGUGUUACUUUACCAGUUUUUCAUCCUGAUGAUAGCGCACAGAGUGAGGAAGGAAUGACAUCAAUAAUUUCACGUGGUGGUGAACAGAUCCAAAACUGUAAAUCCAUCUUUACUGAAGCUUUGAAAAAUCUCAUCAAACUUGCAAGUUUACAAACAAGUUUCGUUACUCUCGAUCAGGCCAUCAAAAUUACCAAUCGUCGUGUGAAUGCUCUUGAAAAAGUUAUUCAACCAAAGAUUCAAAAUACUAUCAGCUAUAUUAUCAGUGAAUUGGACGAAUUAGAAAGAGAAGAAUUCUUUAGAUUGAAGAAGAUCCGUAACAAGAAACUCAAAGAUGCCCAAAAGAAACAAAAAAUUGCAGACGCAAAAAAGAUAGAAGAGCAACAAAAGUCCACCAAACCUGCAGCUGCCGUUGUUGAGUCAAAGAGUGUUUUCGAGGCUGAGGAUGACGAUGUUGUUGUGUAA